GGCACCACGCUCCAUCCCUUUCGACCACGGGCAGCAAAGCCCGCACACUCUCUCUCUCUCUCACAUUAACCGUGACAGGUGCUUCAUCAUGGCGGAUACUGCGCGUCAACUGAAGAUCAAGCUUGGUGUGUGCAAAAGGAUGGUGAAAGAGGUGGCCAGCUACGAAGUGGAGGCUAAGGAAAACGAAGCCAAGGUGCAGAAGAUGCGGGACGAUGGAAAGGACGCCUACGACAUCAGGAAGCAGGAGGAGGUUUUGCAGGAGAGCUACAUGAUGAUCCCCGACAGCAAGUCACGGCUGGCCAAGGCAUUGGAGGACAUGGAAGGCUUUCUCGGGGAGCACGCCGGCGCUGAAGGGCUGCCAACUGACCAGCUGGAAGAGGCCAAGGGGUUGUUGGUUGAGGCGGGCAUCACUGCGUGAACGUGGGGGACUGGGGCCGCAGAAAUUGGGCGUCUAACUUGCGGGCCAUAGUUGCCUGGCCACUGUUGUUGGCGCAGGAAGGGAUUCGGUAGGUCUGCUCAGGGGCAUGGUUGGGAGCAGUGGCGGGGGAGUCCACACAGAUUUGCUGCAGGAGACACGUGUUCCUUGAUGGUUCCAAGCUGGAAUGUUCCUGAUGUAGUACCAGCACACGGUGACAGUCUCAGGCUGUAGUGGCGUCACCGUGGAGCAUUUCGUGGAUCGGGACACCUUCGUGCAAUAAUGGUGGCGGAGUUCCUUCCCAGCCUCGAACGCCUGAAGAAGUGUCGUCGGGUGUUGAAGGUGUACAUAAGAUGUUGCAUGUGUACAGAUUGUCGCAGACACGCGGUUUUGUAAAUGGGGGUGACUUCAAGCAAUGCAAGAGCCCAGAAGAUCAACACAUUUCAGUGGAGCACGUCAGGCAGGGAAACACGUUGCGAGUGUCUAU